GUGUGAACUGCAUUUCAGAGUCCUGCAGCACCUGCAGGCGCCAGUCGACGCCCUUGAUGGCGAGCCCCCUGCAGACGGCGUUGGACACAGUUGCGCCCACUGUGGAUGCAGCGUUCGCUGCGUACGAGAAGGACAAGGAGGUAGUCAAGACAUGGGACAAGAUUGUGGAAACCCUGUCGGAACACAGUUCCUUGAUCUGGCCUCAGCAAAUCUUGCCUCGAUUCGUAGGCGUCGAGCCCAACAACCGUGGUGGGAUUGGAGUAUGCUUCCAGAACGCCUUGAACAGCGCCGCCAAGCACUGUGGCGCUGGCUGGAGCCUGGCUCGCGCCAACCAAGGGGCGUUCGCCGUCCAGGCGAAGCCUGGCACCGCGCGCACUGAGGAGCUGCUGGCCUUCAACAAUCGCAUUGCUUCGACGCAGGGGAUGCCUGAGUUUGAGAGUAUCUUCGCAGUAUCGUUCGGAAGCAGCCACAACAAUUGCUUCCUCCGCGGGGUAAGCGCAAGGAUGGAGUGCGCCAACCAGAAGCUUGCCCCCACUGGACGGCUUGACCCUUCCGACCUUGGAGGCAAGCAUCCCAGCCUCAGGAAGGCGGUUGAGCAAUGCCUGACCUGGACGAUCGUUGCCGAGGAAGUCGUGGAGCGAUGGCCUUCCUUAGUGCCGCUGGGGCAAAAGGCACUGAAUUGGCGAGGGGAGCAAGAUCAGUCUGAGUUGGAGGGUCUGCUGACGAUGCACAGCAACUACGCCCUCGCCAUCGGCGCGAAGAAAUCCGAGCAGGAUGCGUGGAGUUACGCUGAGAGCGAGGCUGUCAGCAACCAUCCUUUCUGGAGCGGCUGGGCCGUAAGCCUGGCCAAGUUUGCCAAGGUGACCACCACCGAUCAGCUGACCGAGCUGAGAGACAUGAAGAAUGCGGUGGUGAAGGCCCCGAAGACCGCCACCGCGAACUUCGGCUACAUCGGAGGCGCGUUCUACGAGAAGCUCGCGAGCCUCAAGUGGCCUGGGGUACUGCAGCUUCACCGUGUGCGCGGUGCGGCGUUCCUCUCGAAUGCGCUCAGCCCUCUGGAGAAGGUUCGGCACGGGGGCGUGGUGGACUGCGUCCAGGGCUGCGCAUUUUUGACCAUCCAGAUGGUCGACAACAAGUGCUCCUUGGUGAAGGAGUCCGACCUCAACAAACUCGUUGCCAAGGGGUCCCAAGCUGCUGUGCUCCAAGCCGAAGGCAUGAUGGAUUUGGCGAGGGAUAUGCUGGCUGAGCAUAAUGUCCCAAGAGCCAAAUGCAUGGAGAUGCUUGCGCUGCACGACACUGCCGUCGUCAACCACAUCCUGAGGAAGGGCAAGCAGAGCAGGCAAGCCAAGGAGCACGAGUCGCUGGAGCACGCAGGCCAACCAUUUGUUGACCAACUGUCCGCCUACGUCGGCACGCCCUUGGACAACCCUUGGCGUCCCAACAAGAGGAUCCCCGGGAAGAGGCCGCGUCAGGUGGUUGCUACCAGGAGCAGCGACGACCUAGCAGAGCAGCAGGAGGAGGGGCCACAGUCCGCGGCCGCCAGCUUGACGACGCAGUCCAUGGCGCAGCUGAAGGACGCUGCGUUCCAGAUGCAGAGGCUCGGCUUUACCGGGGGCUGCAUCGUGAAGAGGAGGAGCAGCGGCGCCAGCAAGGACAGCAAGGACCAGUGUACCUACUACACGCUUGAGCAGCUCACCGCAGACGGCGCCACGCUGAUGCCGACGGGCGUCUUUGAGAAUGGCCAACCCUUGCAGCUGGACCUUGAGAAACUCAAUGCCGACUGGGCGGCCACCACUGCCAAGAUCCAGUACGAGAUCGAUUCCAGCUUGCACUCGCCUGAGGCAUCCAGGGAGUGGAUUGCCAGCCACACCAAGGGCUCCAUCGUAGUGUGCCUGGCGCGCCUGUCGAUACAGAACUCGUCAUACGAUAAGAUCAAGAUCUAUGCCAACCCCUUCUCGGUCAGGACUACAGAGGCAGUGAAAAAGGGCGACCUUGUCUUCGUGCCGACGACGACGAAGAUCGAGGAUCGUGAUGGAGAUACGCCUUGCACUAAGGGGCUCGAUCUCGGCAAGAUGGUGGAGAGGCCCCCCAUCGCGUUCAGCCUGCUAUCCCAUAUCGUCCUCCCAGGUCCCAAGUCGACUGCAAAGGCAGUCGUUCCGCCCUUCUGGGCCGUCGCCGAGCCUGUGGAGGGCCAGAAGGCAAACAUGAUCAUUGAGAAUGUAGGCGUGUGCGAGACCACUCAGCUAUCAGUAGAAGGCCUGCUGCAUUCUCACGGCUUCAAUUUUUACUUGCCUGUCAUGACAAACACUGUCGAUCUAAAGGCCAAUGCAGAGCUCCUUUGUUGCCCGUGGCAGCCUAAGAAGAGGCCACGGCAAUGA